AUGUCGGGCCCAACCCCUCCUGCUACCUUCAACUCUUCCCCUGCGCCGAUCGACCAAGACUGGGUAGAUGCUGAGCUCGUCCCCUUCCUUCAGCGGGUCUACCCGGAGGAGCGCAAGACGACGAUGGACUGGAACCGCGCUAUUGUUUUCGGAAGGCAAUGCCUGGAUCGCCUCGAUCAAUAUGAAGAUUUCCCGUUCACGAUCGAACGUCUUCGCCUCUGCCUCCUCAAUUCCGAACUCUUGACACCGGCGGAAAUGUCAAAGUUUAUACCCAUCACCGAGCGAGGCAGCCAGCACUGUCUCCGUAUCUUCGCUCGCCACGCCAUCGUGCACGGACCAUACAUGUUGUACUCCUUGGGAGAGGACCCGAGUCAGGAGUUUCCUCGACCACAGCAGACGGGUACUGGACAGGCCCCUUCGCCUUCAGCUGCGCCUGCGCUACCGCGCGCUGCUUCUGUCGCAUUGCUCGAGGCCCGGAAUGUUACGUUGGAGAGGGAACUGGCUAGCCUCAGUAUGAGGGUUGAUCAGGCUGAACGAGGUCAUGAGAAUGGUCGCGGAAAUGGUCGUGGAAAGGGUUCGGGUGUUCAUAGGGGUCGGCUUUCACAGCCUGGUGGUGGUUCGGAUCGUGGCGGCCGUUUCAAUCAAGGCCCUGGUGUGCCUCCAAUGGUACAACAGACGCCGUCUGGUCUCGCUCCGAAUGCUCCUCAGGGCUACUAUCCUUACCCCAAUCCUCAGUAUGCGUAUGGUAGUCCCUACAUGGCUGCGACGGCCAUGGGUAGCUACCCUAUGCAGCCUUACCAACAGCAGCCCUUGAUCAACCCAGGACAGCAACAUGGCGGUGGCUGGACUGGUAGCCAAAUGAUGUAUUCUACCCACCAAGACUACUCUUCGCAGACGGGAACAAGCAGCGGUUUCGCGAUGCCGCCGCAGCAGGUUAGCAACCCGUAUCAUCAAGGACAACCAACUCAGCGUGGCCGUGGAUCUUCAAGAGGCCAACGAGGACAAGCGCCAUCUCCUCAAGGUCUUUCGGCUCCUCCUCAGCAGCCACCUUCAGGAUCAGGUGCGAGCACUCACGUGCCUCGCCCUGACGCGGAAGAGUUCCAUCCAGCAUCCGGAAAUGGCUACAACUGAUUCGGGACGGUUGAUUAGAAGUCAGAAGACUUUCUCCGGCAAGUGAGAUUUCGGAGAGACCGAGAAGAGGAGAGAUAAGGACAAAAGUUUUUGAAAGGGUGGUCUGCAGCUGAUAGCAGUUUGCCUCAGUGGAUGUUACCACCUUGGUCCACUCGGAAGUAGAUACCCAUAGAUGUCAAAUCAAAAGAAAUUC